UACAUCGACCAAUGCGUUACACAACACCAGGCGCUGGGUAACUAAUUAAGGUCAGCUGAUUCGAUUACUUCAAUCGAACGAGAUGAGCUCCUUCUCCUCCGUCGACGGUGUGGCCUGCGGCGGCGGGAAGAAGACGUCGUGGCCGGAGGUGGUCGGGCUGUCCGUCGAGGAGGCCAAGAAGGCGAUCCUCAAGGACAAGCCUGAUGCAGACAUCAUCGUCCUGCCCGUCGGCACGCCGGUGACCGCGGACUUCAGGCCCAACCGCGUUCGCAUCUUCAUCGACACCGUCGCCGAGAUCCCCCGUGUGGGCUAGCUAGCAAGCUAGCUAUAGCUUGAGUAAUAAUAAAGUAAUAAUGGAGGACUAAAUGCGUCGUGUUAUAUGUUCAUCCCAUGUGUUUGAUCAGUUAAUAUAAGCAUGUGUACGUGUGUUUGAAAUUCUGUCCAUGGCACAUCGGGACCGGGAGAAUAAACAUGCGGCUCCACCAGAGUCACUUUGUUUGCGAUCUCGUCUCGCCUAUGUGUAAUAACUUCCGUGCCAUUAAUAGCACUAGCUAAGCGUCCGUGCGUUGCAACGGAUAGACUA